CUGAUAGGUGGCACUUAUUGGCAGCACUGAUAGGUGGCACUGACUGGCAUUGAUAGGUAGCACUGACUGGCACUGGGUGACACUGAAAGGCAGCUCAGAUGGGCACUGAUGUGCACUGGUAGGCACUGAAAUGUGGCAUGGAUGAGCACUGAUAGCUGGCACUGAUGGACACUGACAGGUGGCACUGCUGGGGCUACACAGAUCAUCAGGGCACACUGAUCAUCAGUGCCCUGAUGAUCACUGUCAGCGUGACAGCUCGUGGGGAGAGAAAUGCAGAUAACCGGCAUUUCCUUAUUCACAUGCUAUCAGCUAUGAUUGGACACAGC